AUGGAGAUUGUCGACGACGAACGUGCGGAGGAGCUCGAAACGCUUCAAUCAAUCUAUCCAGAACUAGUUCGGGACGCAAACAAUCCAUACGUUGCUACAAUAGAGAUACUGGUGCAGCCUAUAAAGCCAUUACCUAUCACGUUCGUACCGGAGCAGGAUGUACAACGGCUCGCCUAUCUGCCAGCGCUGCACCUCGACUUCUUGCUUCCUUCGGACUAUCCAGCGCAUGCCCCACCCACUGUCACACCUACGACCUCGCCAUCAUGGCUACCCGAACAGAUUCGGCAACGGAUCACAGUUGAGGUGAACUCUAUAUGGGAGGAAUACGGCGGCGGUGCGAUAUUGUUCGCCUAUAUAGAAUCGCUCAAAGAGCAGGCGGCCACAACAUUUGGCUUGCAAGAGCUCACGUUGCCUGGAUCCAUGCGAAUAGAGCUUGUGGACUACAGCAAUCGACUGAAAAAAGAGCUUUUCGAUAAGGAGACAUUCGACUGUGGAGUCUGCUUAGAGCCAAAGAAAGGAUCAGCCUGCUACCGUAUGCAACGUUGUGCUCAUGUCUUCUGUGUCGGUUGUCUCCAGGACUACUACAACAGCUGCAUUUCAGAAGGGCAUGUCAACAACGUCAAGUGCAUGUCCACAGAGUGCGGCAAAAAGGGAACUGCAGGCCAAAAGAAAGACCGACUACUGUCACCAAAGGAGUUGUUGGCAAUUCCAAUACCGCGAGACCAAGUCGAACGAUAUGUAAAUUUGAAACGAAAGAAGAAGAUUGAGUCAGAUCCCACGAUGAUUUUCUGCCCCCGGUCAUGGUGCCAAGGUGCCAUGCGAAGCAAAAAGUAUCCAAAGAUUAUCGACGUUACCAACAUGGACCAGUCGGAUUCCGAGGCAGAAGACGCUGCCCAUGCACAACAGGACGACAAUACGGCUCAAUCAGGACCGGAAAAACGUUUCAAGGGUACGGAAGAGAUGGAUAGGUUAGUAGUAUGCGAGGACUGUCAAUUCGCAUUCUGCGCCGUCUGCUUGGCCUCGUGGCACGGUGACUUCGUCCGCUGCGAACCACGCGACGCAACCCAACUCACUGAAGAAGAGCAAGCAUCGAUCAACUUCAUCAACAAAAACACAACACCGUGUCCCUACUGCUCGAUACCAUGUCAGAAAAGCUCGGGGUGUAAUCACAUGACUUGCGCCCAGUGUAAGACGCACUUCUGCUACUUGUGCAGCGCCUGGCUCAAUCCUGAUCAUCCAUAUGGACAUUUCAACAAUGUGAAGAUUCCUUCAUGCUUUGAGCGGCUUUUCGAUGGCGUCGAGGGCGACGAACUCAACGGGGAGCUUCAGUUUGCGGGGCCACGAGGUGCAGAACAGCUGGCGGAGUUUUGGGCAGAGGAGGCGUUACGUAUUCAGAUGGAGAUGAAUGAGCGAGAUACCCAGUAG